AAUCGAACUGCACCAAUCCGCAAGGGUCUAUCCUAUCGACCCCCUCGUCCCCUUUUACCAGUCCCAUAAUCUCCCACGAAAUGGACUAUCUAUAUCGCCCAUCACGGCUGCAACAUAUAUGUAUGUCUCACUAUCAACCCCUCAUACAGUCAUCCCACAUCCCCGUAAGACACUCCUCUCAAUCAAUGACAAACUCAUGGUGUCACUUCGGCCCGUCCGCCUCCCCCAGAAUGAGACAUGUCUGUACUAUUGUGGGUCUCAUAUGCGCCGAUCGAUUUCCCUCACCCAUAAGAAGCGAAUCCACUAACUGGAAUUCCUGCAAUCACCGUUGCCAUUUCUCCGAUGUCUGCCAGGGGCACCCACAUGGCCUCCAGCCACAGCCAAUAAACAGGCCUUUCAACCCUCGCCGUGUUAAAUUUAGGUCCCUUUAUUGCCAUCCGGGGGGGACCCUGAAUUUUAGACUAAAGCAAUCAUCUCCCAAUAGAAGCUUCCAUCGGACCAAUCGCCCUUUCUGGGGGGCGAUGACAGCAUACCUGCUGUACUGGGUAAGUAGGGACUGCCUGUGGGUUGAGACAUUGUAUAUUGGCAGCUGUAAAGCGGCCGUUACUAAUUAUGGUGCUGGCCGAGCGAGAUGAAAGGUAUAAAAGGUAGCUUGAUGUCCUCGAUAAUCAGACCUUCAUCAUCACAACGAGCCUCUGACAUCCUUCAAAUCCAACCAACAACAAACCAACUCUACUCAAAUCUAUAUCAAACCAUCCUUCAAGAUGCAGCUCAAGAACCUGAUCUUCGCCGCCGCUACUGCCGCCGCUCUCCCGGCCACCGACGCUGCCACCAAUCAGCCCUUCGGCGUCAUCUCCAUCCACUCCGGCAGCGGCGUUCAGUAUGCCCCCUUCAACGCCGCCCUCGGCAGCAUCUUCGCCGGCCUGAAGAGCCAGAACGCCAGCUGCUCCAACCCCCAGGACCAGACCGCCACCUUCGUCCUCGACAACGGUGCUCUCUACCUGUACGACCAGUCUGCGACUCCCCAGGAGCUCUACGUUGACCGCUCCGGCAUGGGUAUGUUUAUCCUCU